UUUUCUCUCUCCUCAGAACUCCGGGAAAUAAAAAGAAAAAAACUAAACCUAGGUUUGCUCUCCGCCGAGAAAAACUUCUUCUUUCUCAUAUUCUGUAGAUUGAUGGAGUUCAAAUCUUUGGUUUCAAGGGAGACGAGGCUAAUCUUUUUACUCGAUUUUGAUUUCACGGGUAAUAUAUUCCCUGUUCAGAAUUAUAAAGAAAAUUUUGAUUUUUCUCUCUAUAUUUUCCAAUCGAUUGUUGGGUUUUAAUCCAGACCUCUGCACCUUUUUAUUGCUUUCUUCUCCGUUAUACCUCUUGAUUUCUUUUUCGUAUUUGGGAAGCAUUUAACUAACCCACGUGAGAACCUCUAUCAAUAAUUUAUCAAUACCUUAUCUUGUAAAUCAAUUAAACCCUAAAUUAAGUUUCUGAAUUUUAUUUCUAAUCACUCAAUUUCAAUACCCACUUUUUCUCUGAAGAAAAUCCAUAACCCAUUUGUUGUUAAUCAAGAUUCAAUGGGGGCUUCAAUCAGCAGCAAAGAACAACCAGUAGUUCUAAUAACUGGAUGCAGUGAAGGUGGAAUUGGCAACUGUUUAGCAAGAGCUUUUGCUAAUCAAAAUUGUAUUGUGAUAGCAACAAGUAGGUCUUUAUCUUCCAUGAGAGAUCUUCAAGGCGAGGAUCAAGGUAAGUUUUUUCUACAAGAAUUGGAUGUUGAUGAUGAAGAAAGUAUUAAUAAAGUUGUAAACUUUGCAAUUGAGAAAUUCAGUAGAAUUGAUAUUCUUGUGAAUAACGCUGGUAUUCACUGUGUUGGUCCUCUUGUUGGAAUCCCACUCUCUGCUAUUGAAAAUACAUUCAACACCAAUGUCUAUGAAUCGAACUGCGGGUGUUUGGGAUCAGUGUGACGACUGUGGUUCCUGGAGCAAUAAAAUCAAAUUUCGGAAAUGCUUCUGAGACAAGUUAUAACCGGCUGCCUGAAUGGAAAUUUUACAAAGCAUUCGCGGAUGCAAUUCGUUCAAGAACCACUUUGUCACAGGGUCCUAAGUCGACCCCAGGAGAAGAACUUGCAAAGAACACAGUAGCUGCUGUGCUGAAGAAGAACCCACCAGCAUGGUUCUCUUAUGGUCGUCUUUCAUUUGUAUCAGCUAUCUUAUAUCACUUGCCACUCUGUAUCAGAGAUUUCAUAUUAAGAAUGGCAAUGAAAGCUUGAAGUCCUCUGAAAACUCUGUUGCUUAGUUACUUACUAGUUACCCUGCUUGUAUUUUCAAGGGUAUAUUAUUCUUUUAGCAAAAAAAAAGAAAAGAAAAAAACAAUAAAAUCAAGUGUUUAAUUUUUUUUAUAUUUUGAAAAACAGUUUGCUUGUGGAUAUCAGUUUUGAUUUUCCAAAAACUAAAUGUAAAAAUGUCUGAUAAUAUGAUCCAUCUGUUGAAAACA